GACCCUCCCCCCCUCCCUCACCGAGGAGCAGCACACCGACACGGCGGCAUUCACCGGGGACACCCCGCCUCACUCUCCGUCACAGGCCGCGGGCUGGCUGAGCAGGCCGCAUCCCGAGCGGGGCGGAAACCGGGCAUUGCUUCCUGAGAGCUGGCACCGGGGAAACCGGCAGGCCGCACCGACACGGGGAUACAGGCCUCGCCCGAAACCACGGCCUAGAGUAGCUGCUCCGUCCGCAGGAGGAGGGGGUCUGGCCGGCCUCACACAGACAGAGCUCCCCGGACUGGCUCCCCGGCCUGCUCCAACCCGGAGUCUCCGCUGCCAUCCCUGGACACCUGCUCCGGCUGUGGCCCCUGGCCUGUGAUUCUUGUGGCCCCUGGCCUGUGAUUCCUGGGGCCCCUGUGAAGUGAGCUCCUCCACCCUGGCAUGCGAUUCCUGGAGCCCGGCUGCCCUGGCAUGUAAUCCAAGGGGCCACAGUACCGCUGCCCUGGCAUGUGACUCCUGGGGGCCCUGGCAUGCCAUUACUGGGGUCACACUCCCCCUGAGCAGGAUGACCUAGCCAGCCCUGCCAGAGCAAGCUAAGGCCGGGGUAUCUCCAUCAUCUGCAUCUCUUAUAACCCUGGGGGGAUUGGAAGACCCCCCCCUGGCUCUCACACAAUGACCUGGGGGUAAGAAAACCCGGGGGGAGCAUGUGAGCUUUAAGGGACCCUCCCCACACCUCUGGACUGCAAGAGGGGACCCCCUGUGUUUGGACUGGGAGGGGGCUGCUGCAGACCUGGACCAUCAUUUGGAUUUGGAAAUGAAAAGGCAGCAUCUUCCUUACUUUUGGAGGGAGUCCAUUUAUUGCUUUACGAUUUUAAUGAAUUCUCUGUGCAGCUGGUGGGAUUUUUGCUGUGGCUGCCCCUAUUGUACUGGAAUCUUGCUAUAGACCCCCCUGUGCUUUAAUGAGAUUUGCGAUCACAUACUGGAUUGGAUAUUUUGAGUUCAUUACAUACAUAUAUAUAAUCCGUAUUUUCUGCUUACUGGAGCUAGUGGUGUGAAGAGUCUGCAAUGAACCCGGUGAAUGCUACUUCCCUGUACAUCUCAGCAAGCCGCUUGGUGCUGAACUACCAUCCUGGGGAUCCUCAGUCCUCAGCCGAGAUCUGCAAAAUGCUUCCUUUCUUCAGGCAGGCACUUGCUUGCUGUGUCUGCGGAAAUUUAUUGGAAGACCCUAUUGCUCCUACCAAUUCCACCUGCCAACAUUAUGUUUGCAAACAGUGCAAAGGAAAAAAGAUGAUGAUGAAACCUUCAUGUAGUUGGUGCAAAGACUAUGACCAGUUUGAAGAGAACAAGCAGUUGAGUAUUCUUGUUAGUUGCUAUAAAAAGCUAUGCGAGUACAUCACACAGACUCCCCUAGCACAAGAUGUUUUAAAUACAGUGGAAUGUUCUGCAGACCUAUUGGCUUUCCUUCCUGAAGAAUCUCCUCCUGAAGAACAAGAGGGUACUCCAUCUGCACCCUCAUCCCCACUAUGCCCAUCGCAUUCCCCACUACCUUCUAAUUCAGAACCAGCGACAGAAUCUGACACAAGUUUAUGUCAAAUCCAGCAAGAUAAACUAGACAUUGAAAAGGAGUGUUCAGUAACUAAUGGGUUAACUAAUUGCAAUGGGCUCCCUGAAGCUGAACUCAAUAUAGUAAAUAUAGCUUCUCCUGAAAGCCCUGGCCCAAUAGAUCUAUGUUGCACAGCUGUUAACAUUAAAACAGAAGAUCUAUCAGAGACUUUGGAGACUGUCUGUGAUCCAGUUUCCACCAGUGAGUUCAGUUCGGCUGCACUUGAUAUAUGUGGCUAUAACGAUGAUCUCAAAAGCAAUGAUCCAUUGCUUUUGAGCAUGGAGGAAGUUUUGCAGACUUUAGAAACUGUUUCUGGUGCUGUGAGUGAUUGUGAUCUGCACCAUAGCUUGGAAACUUCAACUUCUAAUGGAACUUUUCUAGACCUUUGUCCCCAACCCCUUACACACACAGUUUUGUUGUCCGACAGCCAUGUUCCUUCCCACGGGAUUUCUUGCACUGCUGCCACCCUUAAAAUGGUGAAAACAAACCGCAAACGUUCGCGAUCUGAAAGUGAUAGCGAGAAGGUCUUGCCACUACCAAUAUCCAGCAUCAUUCUUGGACCAACGCUCGGAUCACCCACUCCUAUGUUGAUAACACGUGAAAACAGGAACUUUUUGCAACCUGUGGUUACUGUCCCCAAUGGGGGCAAUUCAUCCAAAAUCAGCAAGACAAUUCUGUUGUCAAACAAACCGUUAAAGAAAAAUCCAGAGCACGGUCCCAAGAAAACGCAUCCAAAAUCUAAACCAACAUUGCUGAAAACUAAAGAUAAAAUGAAGGAAAAGAUUCCCAGCAAUAAUGUGGUGCCUGGAAGCCCAACCAAAACUGUUUAUAAAAAGCCUCAAGAGAAAAAAGGCUGCAAGUGUGGACGUGCUACUCAAAAUCCAAGUGUUCUUACAUGUCGAGGCCAGCGCUGUCCUUGUUAUUCAAAUCGCAAAGCCUGUCUGGACUGUAUUUGCCGUGGCUGCCAAAACUCAUACAUGGCAAAUGGGGAGAAAAAGCUAGAGGCUUUUGCAGUGCCAGAGAAGGCAUUAGAGCAGACCAGGCUUACAUUGGGCAUUAAUGUGACGAGCAUUGCAGUACGCAAUGCCAGCACAAGCGCCAGUGUCAUCAAUGUUGCAGGUUCCCCAGUAGCAACAUUUCUAGCUGCCAGUCCCCAUGAUGACAAAAGCCUAGAUGAAGCUAUAGACUUGAGGUUUGACUGUUGAUUGGGCUUGGAUAUUCCUAGCUCAAAAGAAGCAGGGGGAUGGCUUCUGUUUUAUGGCAGCUAUGACUCUGGUUGGUUAAAUUGCCGGAUCCUCUGCAUAUAGAUCACUUGUAUCAAGUGUGUUCAUUGAUAAGUUAUGUGUUUAUGUUUGUUGGGGUGGGAGGGAGAAGGUUGGGUAGGACAAGGGAAAGUUUGGCUGUAAGAGAAAUUGUUACCCUAAAAUGUCUGUUUCCUUGACUUUGGUAUGAGGGUUGGAGGGAGAGUUUUGAUUUUCUGAUGCACCUGAUUUAUAGAACACGAUCUUUGGCAAGACGAUCAACCACAGAACGACCUUUUGUAUCCUGUCCAGUGUGUUCAUCAAGUCAGUUAGAUUCAUACAAUUUACCGUCUGUAGAAAACACAUACUGUGCUAAAUUUCCUGUCUAUAAAUCACUUAGGAGAAGCUUCAAAUUUAAAAGUUUUCAGGCCUUAGGUAUUUUUUCCCCUUUCUUUUCUAAGGGUGUCUACAAAUGUUCUAAAAAUUCCUGUGCAUGACAUUUUAUGUAAAAUGUUUCUGGUCACCAUCAACAAUUCCCCCCGACCCCCCCUUAAUAUGAGUAUAUGGUAUAGCUAAAGUCAUCUUUCUGUGCAAUUGAUUAUUCAUUUGUGCUCAUUUGCAUUGUUUUUUUAUCAACAAACGUUGUGCAUUGUAUUGAUAUCACAGGCAAAGUCUUCUCCUUUGUUCUUGGCACAAUGCACAAGCCUUGUGAUGAAAACUUGGCACAAUAAUGUUGCAUUAAACGGACACUCCAAGGUAUGUUUGACCUUACGUUUCUUGUUAAUGCAUUAUGUUUAGCAGGCAUUUACUACAGCAAAUAAUUAGAUGUGAUACUAAUCAGUGCCAUCUUGUCCAGUCAGUUGUCUCCAACUAUUUGAAAGUGGGUUGUUCUGCUUGAAUGCAUUUAUCACCUAAGUGCAUUAUCACUUCAUUUACCAUGCAAAUGAAUGAUAGCUGUUCAUGCCUGCAAACUACAACUGUACAGUAAUUUAAUUUGCGUUGCAACUGUAGUAUGCAUGCACAGAGUGGCUUCUAUUCAUUUGUACCGAGAAAUGCAUGGCACAGUGAUCCUAAAAUUUAAUUCAAUUCUAACAAACUGAAAGUGACGACUCAAGCUGCUUUAUUUGAAUUAAUCUAUUGUUCAGAAACCUUAAAUAAACUUUGCACCCUUAGUAUAAUUUUAUCUGACCAUCUUCAUCACAGGGUUUUAUAUUAGCUCCAGGAGUUGGAAAAUCUAGGUUCCUACUAAUGUUGAUGAAACUUAAUCUCAUGCAGUAUUUUAUAUAGACGUUCAGGUUUGUAUCUCUUCCCCAUUUUCCUCAACAACAAAAUCUGAUUGGCUCUUAAAUUUGUCUGGAUUCUAUAUUUAUAUCCAUUCAUAUCAUCCUUGUCAGUUUUACGGCUUUGUAUUGGAAAAUAAUAUAUAACCGUAAUUGUGACCUAUUUAUAGCGGCAGUUUUGUGUAACGUGGAAAUGUGUAGUCAACAUGACACUAUUUAGUGAUGUGAAAAACCAAAGUGGUAAGAUAUCCAUUUGAGAGGUUUUAUUGGAACUGCUAUGACAGUUGGAUCCACAUUAGGCUUUGUAUAAUCUGUUACACUUAAAUGUCCAGUAGAUGAGAACAGCACAAUCACUGCACAAAUUAAGUGAUUUGUGCAGUGAUCGUGCCUAAUAAAAACAAAAUGAAUCCCUUCAAGUGCAAUACAUCCAUAUAUACUAUCUAUGUAAAGAAUGUGUAAUUCUCUUCUGUUAUUACUUAGAAAUCGUAAGACCAAUGAUAGUCUGUUCAUAUAACAUGGCCUCUAGAAAUCUUACAUUAAAGAAGGUCCUAUUAACAUUAGCAGCAUUGUAUGGCAUUGCUGAUGGCACAUAGGACGUUCUUUGUUUGUAUAGAAUUUUUACAGAUCAAGUUGCAAAGAUGGCAUGACUGUUAUUGGGCAUUAAAGUAGUACUGCUUUAUGAACAGCAACUGGUCAAAUUGAUUUUCACGAUUUUUUUUUUUAUUUACAUUUUUCGCAACUGCUAGCUUUAACUUUUAGUUGGACAGGACUCUGUUAUUUAGUUUUCUUCUAAGAUAUAACAACACUGCCCCCUAGUGAAUCUGUUCAUCUGCAAAGCGAUCAUGGGGUGAUAAAUUAAAGUUGUUUUUUGUCCUGCAUCACACUUAUUCUUACUUUUACUGAAGUUCUGAGUUAUUUCACAAGAUGACUGUGGGAACAAUUAGUACUAGGUUUUAAAGAAGAAAAUUACACUGUUCUUAGAAAUCAUAACGUUUUGUUUUACUAAGUAAUUGGUAAACCAAGGUAUUUUGUCAUUUAAAGACAUGCCCUACAGUGGAUUGAUCAUCCAUCAUUUAAUGUAUUGUAGAGAUAUAAUGCAUUAAUUAAAUAAUAAAAUAAAGAUAGUUGUGAAUGUUCAUUUCCAACAAAUCCCCUGCUCUGAGGUGGCUAACAAGCUGUAUAUUUCUCAUACACACCUUUUGGGAAACCACAGAGGUAAUGUGCAUGAACUGCUUAUGGUUAUUUAAUCAUUAAAAAAAUAACAAGUAAUGGAAAUGUUUACACAAAUGAAUGGAAGCCUUCAGUAAUUUCCACUAAUUUUGCGAUGUUUAAAUUUGUUUCCCAUUCUUUUUCUCAAUAAACAAAACUCUGUGACUGUCUCUAUUGCUGCACAGUUUCUCGGAAAAUAGGGAAAGCUGUAAGGUUUUCAAGCACAGCAGAGAUUUAAGGGAAAGUUUAGUUGUAUGUUUCUGGCUGCAUUCUCACGUAAUGUUGUUAUUGGGCAUUAACAGAUUAGAGAUUGUUUAGUGUGUGUCUGUUUUUUUUUUUCCCAUGUAUUGCCAAAACCAGUUCAUAUCUGGUCUCAUCAGAAAAAUUCAGCAUAAGGUGUUUUUUUUUUUUGUUUUGUUUUCCAUAAUCUAUAAUGUAUAAUCUUGCACUAUACAUGCCUGGAGUGUCUCUUUUAAUCCAAGUGGUUAGCAAAGAUUGGACUGUCUUUCCUUACAUUUGAUGUACAUAAUGCAACUGCAAAACAUUGUUUGGUAUUAUUUUGUUCCUAUUUUUCCCAUUGACUUUCUAAUUUAAUUUAUGGGUGUUUGUAUCUAAAGUGUUUCAAGUCAAUCCCAUUUUGCUUUCUAAAGCAUUGGAUACAUUUCAAUAACUCUAGACUUCAAACUGAUUUUGGUCUGUAGUGCUUUUAUUUCAAUCACCUACUGGUCACUUCUAUAUAGGUUGAAACUUUCCCUCGAAAUCUAUAUAUUGUUUUCUAAAAUGUGUCUCUGCUUAGUCAGUUACAUUUGACCGCUGCAUUGAUAAGACAAUUUCCCAUUUUUUAGGUUAGAAUUCCAUAUAAGUCUCA